CGGCGUCGACCUAUAAAAGGCCGGGCGUUGACGUCAGCGAUCUCUUCCGCCGCAGCCGCCGCCAUCGUCGGCGCGCUUCCCUGUUCACCUCUGACUCUGAGAAUCCGUCGCCAUCCGCCACCAUGGUGAACUUCACAGUAGAUCAGAUCCGUGCCAUCAUGGACAAGAAAGCCAACAUCCGGAACAUGUCCGUCAUAGCUCAUGUGGAUCAUGGCAAGUCCACGCUGACCGACUCCCUUGUGUGCAAGGCGGGCAUCAUUGCCUCCGCCCGAGCUGGGGAGACACGGUUCACGGACACCCGCAAAGACGAGCAGGAGCGCUGCAUCACGAUCAAGUCCACUGCCAUCUCCCUGUUCUACGAGCUCUCUGAGAACGACCUGAACUUCAUUAAGCAGAGCAAGGAUGGCUCGGGCUUCCUCAUCAACCUCAUCGACUCUCCAGGCCAUGUGGACUUCUCUUCAGAGGUGACAGCUGCCUUGCGUGUCACCGACGGAGCUCUAGUUGUGGUGGACUGUGUGUCUGGUGUGUGUGUGCAGACAGAAACAGUGCUGCGACAGGCCAUCGCUGAGCGCAUCAAGCCCGUGCUGAUGAUGAAUAAGAUGGACCGUGCCCUGCUGGAGCUGCAGCUGGAGCCUGAGGAGCUCUACCAGACCUUCCAGCGCAUCGUGGAGAACGUCAACGUCAUCAUUUCCACCUACGGCGAGGGCGAGAGCGGGCCCAUGGGCAACAUCAUGAUUGACCCUGUCCUGGGCACAGUAGGCUUUGGUUCUGGCCUGCAUGGCUGGGCCUUCACUCUGAAGCAGUUUGCAGAGAUGUAUGUGGCCAAGUUUGCAGCCAAGGGUGAGGGCCAGCUAGGGGCAGCUGAGCGUGCCAAGAAAGUGGAGGACAUGAUGAAGAAGCUGUGGGGAGACCGGUACUUUGACCCGGCCAACGGCAAGUUCAGCAAGUCGGCCAACAGUCCAGAUGGGAAGAAACUUCCCCGCACAUUCUGCCAGCUCAUCCUGGACCCUAUCUUCAAGGUGUUCGACGCCAUCAUGAACUUCAGGAAAGAGGAGACGGCCAAGCUGAUCGAGAAGCUGGACAUCAAGCUGGAUAGCGAGGACAAGGACAAGGAAGGCAAACCACUGCUCAAGGCUGUGAUGCGCCGCUGGCUGCCCGCAGGCGACGCCCUACUGCAGAUGAUCACAAUCCACUUGCCAUCCCCUGUCACUGCACAGAAGUACCGUUGUGAGCUGCUGUACGAGGGGCCGCCUGAUGACGAGGCCGCCAUGGGUAUCAAGAGCUGUGACCCCAAAGGCCCCCUCAUGAUGUACAUUUCCAAGAUGGUGCCAACCUCUGACAAAGGCCGCUUCUAUGCCUUUGGUAGAGUGUUCUCUGGGGUGGUGUCCACGGGCCUGAAGGUCCGGAUCAUGGGCCCCAACUACACGCCUGGGAAGAAGGAGGACCUGUACCUGAAGCCUAUCCAGAGAACCAUUCUGAUGAUGGGCCGCUAUGUAGAGCCGAUUGAGGACGUGCCGUGUGGAAAUAUCGUGGGGUUGGUCGGAGUGGACCAGUUCCUUGUGAAGACUGGGACCAUCACCACCUUUGAGCAUGCUCACAACAUGCGUGUGAUGAAGUUCAGCGUCAGCCCAGUUGUCAGGGUGGCUGUGGAGGCCAAGAACCCAGCGGACCUGCCCAAGCUGGUGGAGGGGUUGAAGCGGCUGGCCAAGUCUGACCCUAUGGUGCAGUGCAUCAUCGAGGAGUCUGGCGAGCACAUCAUUGCUGGAGCAGGGGAGCUGCACCUGGAGAUCUGCCUUAAGGACCUGGAGGAGGACCAUGCCUGCAUCCCCAUCAAGAAAUCUGACCCUGUUGUGUCAUACCGGGAGACGGUGAGUGAGGAGUCCAAUGUGCUGUGUCUGUCCAAGUCCCCCAACAAGCACAACCGGCUGUACAUGAAGGCCAGGCCCUUCCCUGACGGACUGGCAGAAGACAUCGACAAGGGUGAGGUGUCUGCCCGCCAGGAGCUCAAGGCGCGUGCCCGCUACCUGGCAGAGAAGUAUGAGUGGGAUGUUGCGGAGGCCCGCAAGAUCUGGUGCUUUGGCCCCGACGGCACCGGCCCCAACAUCCUCACCGACAUCACCAAGGGCGUGCAGUACCUGAACGAGAUCAAGGACAGUGUGGUGGCUGGCUUCCAGUGGGCUACCAAGGAGGGUGCUCUUUGUGAGGAGAACAUGCGAGGUGUGCGAUUUGAUGUCCAUGAUGUGACCCUGCAUGCUGAUGCCAUCCACCGGGGAGGUGGACAGAUCAUCCCCACAGCUCGCCGCUGCCUCUAUGCCAGUGUGCUGACCGCACAGCCCCGCCUCAUGGAGCCUAUCUAUCUGGUGGAGAUCCAGUGUCCCGAGCAAGUGGUGGGUGGCAUCUACGGUGUCCUGAACAGGAAGCGUGGCCAUGUGUUUGAGGAGUCCCAGGUGGCUGGUACCCCCAUGUUCGUCGUCAAGGCAUACCUGCCUGUCAAUGAGUCUUUUGGAUUCACCGCCGAUCUUCGAUCCAACACUGGUGGCCAGGCCUUCCCCCAGUGUGUGUUUGACCACUGGCAGAUCCUGCCUGGGGAUCCCUUUGACAACAGCAGCCGCCCCAGCCAAGUGGUAGCCGAGACCCGCAAGCGCAAAGGCCUGAAGGAGGGCAUCCCAGCGCUGGACAACUUCCUGGACAAACUGUAGGCAGCCUGAUACUGCCACACACUGCACAGUACCCGCCCAUCAGAAGACACCUUGAGACUGUCCCCAUGGUGCCCCUCUGGAGACUGCUGGGGCCACCCUGACAUCAUUCAGCACUCACUUGCUACCAAUUCUAUUUAUUUCGGAAUUAUAAGGCCGCGGGGGAAUUGCUCUCUGCAGGCUGGACUGGCAGGCCAUGGGGUGGGUGGGACGCGGCUCUUAACAUUUUCAGGGGGAAAUAGAUGUCCAAAAGUCUAAAUAAAUGCGUUCAGAGGUUUAUGGGGUCCAUGGCCAAGUGGAGUUCCCCCAGAGGGGGAGGUGGGGUAAGUGCCUCCAGGAAGGCAGGCAGCUUCAUAAUCCGGCUGUGCAAAUCAUUGGAGUAAUAAACUACUGUGGUUGAUCCGCAUGUGCUCCUCA